UAUUCAUUCAUACUUUUGUUUUCAAUUAUAAUGUUUUUAACAUUUUUCGUUAUAAUAAUCGCUUAUUUUCAGCCAAUCUCGAGCCAAGAAUUGCAAAUAAUACAACUCUUACCUAGUAAUAAUAUUGGGCAAAGAUAUCAAAGUAAUUUAAUACCAUCAAAUAAAUUAGGAUGCAAAUGCCAAUCAUGCCAAGGACAAAAAAAUUUAAUACAGUCAAAUCAAUGUGGAUGCAGAAAAGAUCAAUAUAUAGUUACAACUAAUAAUAACGAAUGCGGUUGUCAAAGGCAACUAAAUGUAUUGCGAAGAAAUAUUGGAUGUGGUUGCCAAGCAUGUAAUAAUUUGAUACCACAAAACGAUGUGAGAUGUACAUGCAAUAAACAAAAUGUAAUCCCAAAAAAAUAUAUUGGAUGCAAGUGCCAAGGACUAAAUAAUUUACUGCCAAUUGCUAUUGGAUGCGAUUGCCAGUCACAAAAUGCUUUAAUACCGCCGAAUACUUGUGGAUGUAAAAAGCAACAAGAUAUCCUCGUGCCAUUAAAUAAUAUUUGGUAUGAAAGUCAAGGAUCUAAUAAUUUGAUACCUGUAAAUGACAUUGCAUUUACAAGAAGAUUACCGUUAAAUAUUUGUGGAUGCCAACAAAACGUAAUAAUACCAAAUUCAUGUGGGUGCAAACGUCUACAGGUACCAAAAAAUAUCGGCUAUGAAAUUCAAGGAUUAAAUAAUUUAAUACCAUCUAACAGUAUUGGAUGUAAAUGCAAAAGACAAAAUGUACCACCAAAUAACGUUGGAUGCGUAUGCCAGAGACAACUUAAUAUAUUUCCAAUGCCAAAAGGAUUGAUUUCCAGCCGAAUUCCAGACAUGCCAUUCGAAAAAGAUAUAACUUUAAGCAAUUCAUUUUCUAUUACCGAUUUGCCAGUCACCAUGUUACAAAACGAGUUGUCAGACAGAAUAAAUAAAGGAAAUAUGCUGCAUCAUGACAAUUGGUUUAACUUAAAAGAUCGCUUGGCAGCAAUAACAGAUCUGGUAUCAGCUACUACCAGUUUGCUGUCAAAAUUGACAAAAAUAGAUGAUGUCAAUCCUUUUCCUACUUAUAAACGUGAAAAUGUUUCGAUUACCGAGAUGCCAGUGGCUGGCAAUGACGGAUAAUGUAAUAGGAAUCUCAGUCGUAUGAUGUAAAAUAUAGUUAAAUUGUCUAUAUUAAUUUAUUUUAUUUUUGUAAGUUUUAAAAUAAAAUAUUUAUUUAUUUCAAUUUGGAA